AUGAAGUCUGAGAAAUGGAGAAGACGUAUUUCUUAGUUUUAUUUUGUUUCUCCCUGAAUAUUUUUAAAACAUAUGGAUACCAAAGUAUACACAAGUACACGAAACCUCAAGUGAUUACUACCCCAAACUAUCCCGAGCCUUACCCCCCAUACUUUAACUGCACAUGGAAAUGGAGUAAAGAUUCUGGUAUUUGGGCUGUCUUAUUUGAAGACUUGUCUGUAAGCUGUGAUGAUUGGGUUUAUGUUGAGGAUGUCCAAUCAAGUAAAAAGUAUCCUGAAGGAUGUUCUCACAGUACUAUGAUGCCGAUUUAUAUUCAUGGAUCAGAACUUGUGAUUAGAUUUUCAACCACUGAAAACCGUAAUUUACAUUCUGGCUUUAAAAUUCGGAUCCUCUCUGGAUGUGAUCUAGAUGAUGUGAAAGUCCAAGUUUACGAAAUAAAAGAAAAAGGAAAGGAAACCAUGGAACUGAAGACAAACCAUGUGCACACAUUACUGUAUAUUCUAUUGGCUAUCAUCGGGACUAUCGUCUGUUUCGUUGCUUUAUUGAUGUUUAUUUUCAAACAUCGGAGAAAUCGGAGUCAAAGUGAAAGCCUCUCGGUGGCAGUAUCUGUAAACCACAUCCGUCGAGGCACUGGUGUUAGCUAUAAAAGAUCUGCAUCUACAUCUGAAUCGAUUUCUUCCAAUGAUACAGAAACUGCCAAAGUGGAAAUCGAACGGAAACGAGUGACCAGAACUCCGAGUCAAAGAUCAUGGACAGCCAGGGCAGCAUUGGCAACCAAAUCGAAUGUAGCGGUUGAUAAUCUGUAUUCACCCAUUGGCCAUUAUGAGAAUCAGAUCAACCGUCCGCUCUCUGCUUUGAUAGAAUAUGAUCCAUUAUCCAAGCCUGUACCAAGUGCAAAUGUGCAUCCGACCACUAUUUCGGGAUACGAGGCCCCUGUUAUUCCCAAGUAGUUCAAUUUUGUCGUCUGAAUGUUGGUUUAGUAAUAUGUGGCGAUAGGGCGAUUGCACUCGUGUAUAUAUAAAUAUAUUUCAUAAACUGUUCUUCGUUUGUUCUGUACAUACUUCCAAACAUACUUCCAAUUUUUAUUUCACUACUAAAUUAAAAUCUGAUUGAUUGCAUAGAUGAACUAAGAAUGACACCGAGCAAGCCAUAUGCUAUACAUAUUCUUUUUCAUUUUAUUACAGAAGAAAAGUGAUAAUAUAUAAUUUUGUAAUAUAAUCAAGCUUUUUUGUUAAUUGUGAAUAAACUGCUUACAAAAUU